UUGCUCCUUGGAGACGAGACGCGCGAAGGCGGGCCCGAUCUGUCAAGACGAAGUUUUCUUAAAUCGAUGGUGUCGGUUCUCCCCUUCCGACGGAGGGGCAGGUUGCCGUGAGGAUUAGGAUCCUGGCUCACUGCUGGGGCCGGGAAACAAGACUCGACGUUGGGAUUAAUCUUAGCUGUGUGGAGCUCCGCGUCUGCAGAACGGAGCUCUUCCAACGGCGCUAAGGCGGGCGUGACCGCUCUUCGUAUGCCAUGUCUGCCUGAACGGAGGAGUUGUCUUCGGCAACAAGACCUGGAUUUUUCACUUGCUGCACAUGAUAAUCGUGCGUGGAGGAAGGAAGCGAGAGGAGGAAAAGGGCAGAAGAGCGGCCCUUUUUAGAAUCGGCUCUGGGCUGCGUGCGCGUGAAAGAGCAAGAUAAGGAGCAAUGGAAACAGUCCCAGGUUCUUCUGUUGAACAGCAAGGCUCUGACAAUGACUCUGACACAGAGAGCAAAACAGAUCCAGAUACCCAGGCCCUGGAGUAUGUGGAGCGUGUUCUUGGAACUUCAAAUCAGUCCAGGCAAGCAACCCUGUGUCUGCCUCCAGAGUGUCUUUCAGUAGGUGGUAGAGUCCGAACAUCAGACCUCAAGUCACCUCUAGAACUGAAAAAAUCUUCUGUUGUUGAAGAAACUGCUACAGGGCUAUUAUCUCUUCCUCUAGAGUUGAUUUUAGAAAUUUGUUCCUACCUUCAAGCCAGAUUUGUUUUGCAUGUCCUUCCUUUAGUCUGCAAGACACUGAGGGACAUUGUGCAAGAUGAAGUCACUUGGAGAAUUCGACUUUUAAAAAGAAUUGGCAAUUGCUAUCCAGUUGUAGAAGGUAAUGAUUUUAACUGGCCCUCAGCUUGCAUUGAACUAGAGGAACACCUCCAACAAUGGGCAGAGAGUGGCAAAAACACAGAGUAUUUUUCCCUUACCGAAGGGCACUUUGCUUCUGUUGAUUCUGUAUUGCUCCUUCAGGGUGGGGAUCUGUGUAUUUCUGGCUCUCGAGACCGAAAUGUCAACUUGUGGGAUCUAAGGCAGCUGGGCAAAGCACCAGAAAAAGUUCUAGUGAAAGUGUUGGGGACAGAGCGCAAAGGAACACACAAGGGUUGGGUUUGGUCUCUGGCUUCACGUGAUAACUGUGUAUGUUCAGGCUCCUGGGACAGCAAAGUGAAGUUAUGGGAUAUAGCUGCUGAUGGAAAACAGUUUGGAGAAAUCAGUGAGAAAGCAGCCGUAUUGUGCCUUUCUUAUUUGCCUGACAUUCUGGUCACAGGAACAUAUGACAAGAAAGUGUCAGUCUAUGAUCCACGAGCUGCUUAUGCCCCAGUGAUGAGCCGCAGGCUUCACUCCAAUGCAGUCCUAUCCCUUGCAGCUGACGAACACUUCAUUAUCUCUGGCAGUGAGGAUCGAACGCUGGUAUGUUUUGACAGGCGGACCAAUAGUGUGCUUCAAAGGCUUCAGCUGGAUACAUACCUAUUUUCCAUGUCAUACCAGGGUUCUCAACUAUGGGCUGGAGACAAUUACGGAAUGCUGUAUGUCUUUGAGAACAAUGGAGGGCAUUUCCAGCACAUUCGGUAUUUUGAUGUAGGUCAUCGCUCUCAGAUCACUGGAGUCCAAUACUCAUUGGGUGCACUGUAUACAACUUCCACUGACAAGACGCUCCGUAUCCAUGUUCCUACAGAUCCACCAAAGGUCAUCUGCUCACAGACCCACAGCCAUGUGCUAAAUGGGAUCUGUGCAGAAGGAAAUAUGGCAGUAGCUGCCUCAGGUGGUUUGUCCUUGGAGGUUUGGAAACUCAGUAUUUGAUGACAAGCCACAUAGUGAGCCAUGCUCUCAAGUUCAGGGUCAUCAAGUACAGUGUAUUGGAUUAUUUUCUCAUAGGUUCCAGACUCCUGGUGUCUGCUGCAUUGUUGUUGUUGUUGUUGUUGUUGUUGUUUUUAAUGUGUUCUUUGGGGCUGAAUAAUCAAAUGUUGAAACCUCAGCCUUGCUUGUCCCAGUAGGGGUAACACAGAGGCUUGUAUGGAGGCUAUCUGAUUCACACUUGAACCUUAACCUUAACCUAACUCUUUCUUGCUGGCUGUCUCUCUCAUUUCACCUUGUGUGGCUGAAACACAUACUUGUGUGAACUCUUUCCAUCCUCUGGCCCCUUUGAGUCUGCCCCACUCAACAUAUAGGAGCAGUAUAUUCUCUAUGGCUUGAUGGCCAAGAACUUAUUGGCUUACCAGGUAAAUAAGCACAGGUCUAAGCAUGAAAGGGUGAAUUAUGGGCAGAGGGGAGGGUGAUGAUUAGAGAGACUACCCAGCUAACCUGGCCUGGUGAAUGUUUACAUUUAAUUAAAAUAUUCCGCCAUAAUGGCAGAUCAAGAGUUAUAUUGCCUUUUUCCUCCCUUGUGGUAAGCAAAGCAUGUCUUAAAGCAUGAUUUUUAAGAGAUUUGGUUUAGAAUUAAGAAAUGGAACCCACUAAAUAAGAUUAAAUAGCAAAUUUUGACUGUACAACCAUUUUCUCAAUUUUGUCGUUAUUAAAUUAUAACAAAAACAAGUUUUGAACAAGAUGAAUUAUUUCUUCAAUGACAUAUGGCAAGGUUCAUGUCUUGUGCUCAGCCACACGGUUUGGUUGGUUUUGUUUUAAUAUUAUGUAUGAACCAUAUCACAGAUUUUAUAAAGCGUGAUUUGUAGUCUAGCAUUAUGAAUUAGCCGUGAGGCCUAUUCAGUAUAUCAUGAUUAAAGUAAACCAUGGGUUAAAAUAAUGUGAAAAUGUAGGAUAUAGACUGGAGUGCAACACAAAAUGCCAAUUGUAUUAUCAAUUUUUUUUAUUAAUUUGUCAGUCCUUUGUCAUUUUAUAAGCUAGAAUCUUAGGACUGAUUAAAUUUGAAUGCAUUUGGAUAUGUGCACAUAAACUUGCUUUUGAAUUAUCCAGCAAAAGCAAAUCGAUAAGCUAAAAUCCUUCCAUCUUCUUCCUGUUAUCUCUGAGAAUUAGAAAUGUUACUAACUCUGAGCAGGACAGUGCCAUUCUUUUCCUUCUAUUUAUUUUAUUUAUUUAUUGUAAUUUGUCAAACAGAAACAAAAACAGGAAUAAAAUAAAAAUAUAGUGACAGGGACGAUAGGCACAUUAGUGCACUUAUGCACGCCCCUUCUACGGACCCCUUAAGUAUGAAGUAAGGUCCACGGAGGUCAAUUUGUGACUACAACUGUGAAAAUUUGUAGCUGAGAUAUAAAUGCCAAAAUCACGUCUGAUUUACUUUGACCAUGUCAUGCAUGCAAAUUCACUGGAGAAGGCAAUGAGGCUAGGAAUGGUGGAACAAGAAGAAGGGCAAGCAAAGAACAUGCUGACUUGAUAACAUUAAAUCUGAUACAAAGUUGAAUAUCCAACAAUUGAAAGAAGCUGUGCUUGACAGGAUAGCAUGGAGAGCACUUGCUUAUAAAGUUGCCAAGUGUCAGAUACAACUAAAUGGUUAAAACAACAACAAUGAAUGACAAAAAGGGCAAGAAACAUUUGGAACUAUAGGACUUUUGCUAAAAGAUUUUGGGGGAAUUAAAUUAAUAAAUAAUUACUUCAUGGGGAUACUAUAUUAUUUAGUCUAUCCAAAUAACACAGAUAUAAGUCUUUUUGAUUUCAGAAAAUACACACUAGAAGGCAGGAAAAUAAAAAAGGCUGCUUCUAGUUUUUAAAUUGGAGAGUAAGUACUGGAUUGGAACAGCGGUAAAAUCCACUUACCUUCACUUACCCGUUCAGGAAUGGGAGCGCGCAGGAGCUAUGCGUGUAUGCGCCUCUUCUGCGCAUGCGCAGAUGUUAAAAAAAUGGGAUGUAAUGACAUCCCAGUGGGUGGGCAGAGCCUCCCGCUGCCAGUGCUACCAGUUCAGCGAACCAGAUAGAACUGGGGGGAUUUCACCGCUGGAUUGGAGAAAAUGAUAGAUAAUGCUGUUAAGUGUGAAUCUUUUCAAGAUACUUGAAGAAUGGAGCCUUUUGUAGCUGCAAUGUCAGAAAUGUUUGCUUAUGUGGAUGUAUAAUUUAGAAAAGGAAAGAUGUAAAGAAAAUGCUUUGAAAGACCUACAUGAUGAAGACCUGAAAAAGCGCAGGCAGAUUUACUAGAAAACAAAGAAAUACAAGACAGAGACUGCAGUUAAUAUGGAAAUACAAAUGGCAAGCCAAGAUAAUUUUCUGGAUAACAGCUUCUUGAUGAAUUAACAAAGGCGGCUUGUUAAAGUUUUGAAGCAAGUUUAGAGAUGGAAAAAAGAAAAAAGAAAGGAAGAUCAAACUCUAAAACAGCAUUUGAAUGAAUCAAAAUCUAUCAUUGUUAGAAUUUAAAACCAAUUUAUUUUACUAGGGUUAAAUCAAAAUAAUUUGGUAAAUUUCUGUAGCCCUUUAUGGACUUUUUGAUGACAACUGGUCUGAAAAAUUUAUGAUUUAUCGAUUUGCAAAUGGAUAAGUGAUGAGCUGUGGGAAGAGAUAUAUGCAUGCAAUGCAGGGGUGAAAACCAGCAGGUUCUGACAGGUUCUGGAGAACCUAUAGCAGAAAUUUUGAGCAGUUCGGAGAACUGGCAAAUGCCACUUCUGGCUGGCUCCAGAGUGAGGAGAGAAUGGGGAUUUUGCAGUAUACUUCCCCUACCAAGCCCACCCACCAAGCCCACAGAACCGGUAGUUCUGGAAAAAAUGGAUUUCACCACUGAUGCAAGGGGGAAGAAAUAUUAAGCUUGUAUUUGUAAUAAAGAUUAGAGUCAUUUCUUUAACUUUUUUUAAUUUUUCUCUUUUAUUUCUUCUUUAUAUUCUUUCUAACUAAAAUUGAGUAAUCCAAUUUUAGUUCAAUUUAUGGAAACAAAGUCAGCUAUUCAAGUAAAUAGUUCCAGCAUUUUAUGCCUUUCCAAAACAACGCCUACCCAGUUUAAAAAUCCAAUUUUCUAUAUUUUAAAAGAUAUUUAGCUUUUCUCUCCUUGGUUCCUUUCUUUCAGGUCUAGGAUUUUUCUCUUUAUGGUUGUUCGCUGCUUUAAGAAAUAGUUCUAAGAUUCUCUUUUCCUGGAUUUUCCUUUCUUUUUUUUUCUUUUAAAGUUAAGGUCUAAAUAAAAAAGGAAUCUUCUCAUCCAGCUCUCAUCCAGUCACUGUUCAUUUACACUGCUCCUGCACAUUCCUUUGUUGUCUCAGCUGUCCCAGCUUCAUGGCUGCCUCUUCUCGUUGUGGAUGAGAGGGAAGAAGCCCUGGGUCAAGCAGGAGAGUUGCUGCUCUCUGCGACCUGCAGGGCACCUCACUUUUCUUCACCACCCCUACAGGGUGGCUUUAUCUCCUUUCAGAGCCCUCCAACAGGGAAAACUGAGCUCCCAUCUUGCCACAACGUCAGCCAGAAGUCGAUUCUAAUAAUUUCUUGAAAGGGACCUGGCUGAAAAUAUAUUGAAUGUUUAAUAUGUUUGAGACAAAAUAACCUUUGCUAAUUUCAUUUGCCAUCUAAAAUUUCAGCCCCGAUAGAAGUGAAUAAAAAAAUUCCUGUUCCACCCCCAUCACUUCCUAGAUUUAAGUUUUUAUCAUUGUUUACAGUUCCAUGUUUUAGUCAAAUUUAAUCCAGGCUUUAAACAUGCUGUGGUUUAGAAAUCAGAUGAGGUUACAUUCAUGCACUAAAUUUUAUGUUCCUGAUUCCUAAUGCAGUUCACACUAAUUAUUCCCCUGAAUAUAGUGGAAACUCAGUUAUGGUAAUAAAUGAUUUCUUACCUGGCAAAUUUUUGCAAUCUUCAUCUUGUGUAUUGCUUUACAUCAUGAAAAAUGUUUUCUAUUAAGUGCAGAAAGCAUAAUAUAAAACUCAGAAAGAUAUGCUCAAACUGGGAAAGAAAGUUUUCCAUAAGGAAGCUUUUUAAAAAAAAAUCUAAAAGGAAAAUAAUGCUAAAAGGACUUAAUGCUACUAAGGAGUGCAUCAUAUUUGGCUUAAUCCAGACAAUAUUGUGGCAAGUAAGUAGCUAAUUUAGAGAACUGUAAUGAGAAUAAGAGAAGUAUACUCUUUGACAAAAUGACAAAAUUAGUAGACCAGAGGAAUGCUGUCGAUAUAAUUUACUUGGACUUCAGUAAAGCAUUUGAUAAAGUAGACCAUAACCUACUACUAGAUAAAGUAGAAAAAUGUAGGUUAGACAGCACCACCACCAGAUGGAUUCGUAACUGGCUGACCAACCGCACUCAACGUGUAGUCCUCAAAGGAACUACAUCCACAUGGAGGGAAGUAUGCAGUGGAGUACCCCAAGGCUCUGUUUUAGGCCCAGUACUCUUCAACAUCUUCAUCAAUGACUUGGACGAGGGGAUAGAUGGGGAACUCAUCAAAUUUGCAGAUGACACCAAGCUGGCAGGAAUAGCCAACACUCCAGAAGAUAGGCUCAAGUUACAGAAAGAUCUUGACAGACUUGAACAUUGGGCGCUAUCUAACAAAAUGAAAUUCAACAGUGAAAAAAGUAAGUUUCUACAUUUAGGCCAAAAAUACAAAAUGCACCAGUACCGUAUAUGUGGUACCUUGCUCAAUAGUAGUACCUGUGAGAGGGAUCUUGGAGUCCUAGUGGAUAACCAUUUAGAUAUGAGCCAGCAGUGUGCAGCAGCUGCUAAAAAAGCCAACACAGUUCUGGGCUGCAUAAACAGAGGAUAGAAUCAAGAUCACGUGAAGUGUUAGUGCCACUUUAUAAUGCCUUGGUAAGGCCACACUUGGAAUAUUGCAUCCAGUUUUGGUCACCACGAUGUAAAAAAGAUGUUGAGACUCUAGAAAGAGUGCAGAGAAGAGCAACAAAGAUGAUUAGGGGACUGGAGGAUAAAACAUAUGAAGAACGGUUGCAGGAACUGGGUAUGUCUAGUUUAACAAAAAGAAGGACUAGGGGAGGCAUGAUAGCUGUGUUCCAAUAUCUUAGGGGCUGCCACAAAGAAGAGGGAGUCAGGCUGUUCACCAAAGCACCUGAGGGUAGAACAAGAAGCAAUGGGUGGAAACUGGUCAAAGAAAGAAGCAACUUAGAACUAAGGAGAAAUUUCCUGACAGUUAGAACAAUUAAUAAGUGGAACGACUUGCCUUCAGAAGUUGUGAAUGCUCCAACACUGGAAAUUUUUAAGAAAAUGUUGGAUAACCAUCUGACUGAGAUGGUGUAGGGUUUCCUGCCUGGGCAGGGGGUUGGACUAGAAGGCCUCCAAGGUCCCUUCCAACUCUGAUGUUAUGUUAUGUUAAGUACAUUACAUUACUCGUAGGAUUGGAGAAAGAAAACUCAUUCUUGGUGGAGAUAUGGGUGCAUGUUGAAAUCUGUCAAGUAAAUCAGAUAUGAAAUAGAUGAGCUAAGUCUACUUUAUUGUAAGGCUACAUUUACAGAAUCUUGCAAGUCUGAAAGUACAAACUUCCUGCUGCUACUUUUAACAUUUUGAUCUAUUUGGGUGGGUCCUUCCUAAGUUUCUUUCUCUGACUGUUAAGCCAUUCUUGUCUACUUAUUUCCUAGGCAGCCUCUUUCCUCUAGGUCAUCAGCACAUUCCAUUAUAAAAUCCACCACUGCUUAGAAUGAAAGAUCUUAAAAAGCUCACAGUCAUCUUUCAUUCUGAGCUUUUAUCACAUAACUCAAAAGUUUGAUUGUCUAGAAGAGUGAGGACUAGAAGUUUAUACUAUAUCUCAAGAACCUUUGGGUAAAAUCUUCGAUGAGCUGCUAGUUCUACUGUGGUGUGUUAGAUGAUACCUACUUCAUAUAAUUGUUCCAAUGAAUAUCUUGUUCUUAUUAAAAUAGGAUAUAUCUGAGAGAAGAAACACAAUCUUGGUAAGCAGCAGAUUAACCAGAAUUUGAGAGAAAAAUAAAGUAACUAAUGAUUCCUAGUGAUGUGGCUUGUUAACCAUACCCCUCUUUCUCUUGCUGUCCCUCUUUCUCAUUAAUAGGUCGGUCUGGAAGAAAAAAAAUGAACGUUUUGUAUGUUUAUCCUUAUUUCUUUGGUGCCGCAAUCUUGUUUUUCCUGGUCAUUCUGCUUUUUUUCAUAAUUUUAUCAAAAAACUAAAAAGAACAAUAAAAGCUUAAAGGAAAAAAGAAAAGAAAUAAAUUUAUACGGGUUUUAAUGGGUUUUAUUAUUUAUAUUGUUCUUUUUAAUUAUUUGGCUGUGUAGAAUAAGUUUUUUAAUUGAUAUUUUAUUCUGUAUUUAUAUGUACCUUUUUAUUUGCCUGUGAACCGCCCUGAGUCCCUAGGGAGAUAGGGCGGUAUACAAAUACGAUAAAUAAAUAAAUAGUGCAAGAAAACAAAAAAAUAAAAA